AUGAGUUCUCUAUCGCCCUAUCCUGCUCUUCAUACAAUGAACAAUCAUCAUCAUCAUCAUCAUCAUAAUCAUCAUAAUCAUAAUUAUGGAAGUGAUGGGACAAAUACAAAUUAUUCUAGUAUACAUCAAUUAUCUGAAAACAGUGUUAAUGUCCCAACUGAAUCAUCUUCGACUUCAUCAUCAUGUCUUAUUCAAUCACCAAUUGUUGAUUAUUAUGGUCAACAUUCAUAUCAUCCAGCAACACAUCGUACACUUCCACUCUAUCCUCAUCAAACUCAUCAUCUUUAUCAAGAUAAUCCCAAUAAUUUAUAUCGAUACAAUGCUCUUCCAACUUCAUCAUCAUCAUCAUCAAAUAUUACACAAAAUUCUUGUAUUUAUCCAUGUCAUAAUGGUACAAAUGGAAAUUAUAAUCAAGAAGGUAAUAUCUCAACACCUUCAAAUGGUCUUUCUCAAUCUGAUAUGAUAAAUUCACUUCAUCCAAUGGGUAUUGAUCUCUAUGGUUUAUCAAUGAGUCCACCAGCUCCUCCACCACCCCCUCCAUCAUCAUCUCCUCCAUCUUCAACUGAUCAUUGUUCAACAAAUCGAAAUUCUUCUGAUUUAAUUCCAUUAUCAACAUCAAUUGAUUCAAUAUCAUCAUCAUCGAAACAAAAUUCACCUGUUAUAUAUCCAUGGAUGCGUAAAGUGCAUAUUAACAAUCCAGUUAUUAAUUAUACAAGUGGAGAAACAAAACGUGCUCGAACUGCUUAUACUCGUCAUCAAGUUUUAGAAUUAGAAAAAGAAUUUCAUUUCUCCAAAUAUUUAACUCGACGACGAAGAAUUGAAAUAGCUCAUUCACUUGUUUUAACUGAGAGACAAAUUAAAAUUUGGUUUCAAAAUCGAAGAAUGAAAUGGAAAAAAGAUCAUAAAUUACCAAAUACAAAAUCUAAAUUACCUGAUCAAUUGCCUGCCGCAUCAACAUCAUCGGAUUCGUCAUCACCUCAUCUUAUUAAAAAAGAACAACAAGAAAUAAUUUCAACAUUUAUAAAAGAAGAAUCAUUUUCAGGAGAAUCUACAAAUUAA